AUGUCCGGAAUUAUGACGGCCAUUCUGCUUCCUCGGCAGUCACUGUCUCCGGAUCUUUCGCCCACUGCCCAGCGCUAUUUUCUCCACGACUCGGGGAUCCUGACCAAGUCGGAGCCCAUGCAAAAUGUCUAUCCGGCACGGGACUGUUCCAGCCCCGUCGCCUCCACAAUUUCUUCCCUUCCGCCUUCCCCCAACUUUACCCCGACCGACAGCUCUUUCAACCCCAACAUCAGCGAUCUCUCGCUCUCUCUCGAUGACGAUCUAGACUUGCCCGUUUACGAGGGCGUCCCAGUAAAGGAGUCCGAUGUAAUGAGCGAUGCGUCCGAAGGCUCCGCAACACCUCGGUCUCGUCACACCCCGGCUGCAGACGAUACCUCGGUGGAGGAAGAACCCUCCCGACAUGUCGACUAUCUCUCUCACGAAUGGCGUGAGGAGGAUAUUUGGGCUUCCUGGCGCUACGUGACUUCUCGCAGGAGCGAUUAUAGUAAUGGCGUGCGACUCGAGAACGCGUCGUGGCGAACCUGGGCCAAGGCCAAGCACAACCUCGGCACCAUCUCUCCAGAGACGUUGAAUUGGCUGAAAGACUGUGAUGUAACUUGGCUCUACGGACCUCUAAAAACCUCGAGCUCGACCGACGACUCGGCAUCGGAUGUCUCACCACCACCCAGCCGCCUUGACACUCCUAAUUCCUACAUGGACCGAAAACCAAUCCUCAAAAAGAAAACUGCAUCCGAAGCCAUGCUGCAACGGUCGCUAUCCCAGCACACCCUUCUGCAACAUGCAGGAGCGAUUCUAAAAGCCCAAGAGGCUGUGAACGGCUGGGCGCGACCUCCCCUAGUCCGGUCCAAUACCGACCUGGACCAUAUUCACCACCGCACGGGGAGCUCGACCUACUCGACGGGGAAGACCUUGACGACCGCCACCUCAUCGGGAUUAACAUCACCAAGUGAGCGACGUCAUAUCCACUUCAACGACGAAGUCGAGCAGUGCAUUGCUGUAGAUAUCAAGGAGGCUGAUGAGGACUGGCCUGCGACCUUUGAAGAUGAAAGCUCAUCGGAUGACGAAGUGGUAAUGAUGCGACAGAUCUUCAGCAGCGAUAGUAAAACCAUCGCUCCCCUCCCUUCUACCACUCUGAAAUACCGCGGGGACGCCCCCGAACCCAAAGGCGGAUGCAUCCUGGACCGAUGGUCUGCCCUUCCCCAAUCUUCUUCUUUAUCACCCACUCCCUCCGUGGAGACCCUCCGUCCACCAUCUCAAUCCGCCAACUUCCUCCUCGAUGAGGAUGAUGAAGAUCCCAGUUUGGAUUUCACAGGUCAAAACACGAAUAAAGACCGAGGCUGGUUUGUCUCAGAAGAUGUCGACGAGCUGGGCGACCGACCCCUGAAGCUAUCCGCCUCGGGUAUGUUUGUGCCCUAUGGCGAGGGCGAAGGGGAGAAGCGGCCAAGAAUGGUCUGCUCGGACGAGUGGUCGACACCGUCAACACAGCGCGAGACAUCGCCCACGUGA